GAAUCGCGCGCGCUCGGAGCUUGUCGGGGCAUGUUCCGUUGUGUUUGGCGCUAGAUUUGCAAUCUGAAGACAACAAAGUCCAAGAUUUUGUUUUUGUAUUCACACCGUGGCAGGUUUCUAGGAUAACUCAAGAAUUGUCUACUUUUGACUGCAUGAAAACCUCACGUAUGAUUGGUUGAAACUGUUGUUCACAUACUGUCCAUGCUGUAAAGAUCAGGAAUAGUUUGUUCAUGGAUGUUCCAAUCUUCCUAUGAUGGAUGCAGAGAACUCCUCUGUAACUGAAAAGACAAGUUAUAUGCAAGAUUUGAAAGAUCAGUGUGAAGGGCUAUGGCUCCACAUCCACCAAACCCAUGCACGUCUCAGAAGCAGAGCCGAAAACAUGACCUGCUUUUUGCCAGGGGAAGAAAAUCUGGAGAAGAUUCAUGAAGAAAUCCUUAAAGCGAAGGAGAAGAGACUGCAAGCAGAAUACGCAGCAAUUGAAUCUUCAGGUGUUGAAGUCCCAUCAAUGAAAGAGGAAUAUCUUGAUGCAUCUUUGAAACAGCAGUUAGCACAGAACACAUCCCAGUUGGACGACACCUUGCUUAUUUUAAAAUCCAAAAGGAAAGAAAUAGCUGAACAGCUUGAAAGGGAAAAAGAAAUUCUUGAACAGCAUAAAGACAUUGAAAUUUCUCUACUAAACAAAACCAAGAAAAUAGAGGAUACUAAAGAAAAUUUUCAAAGUGGAACCAGCAAGGUCAGGGAACUGGAACGAAAGCAGAGAAUUGCUGAAACACAGCUGAAGCAGGUGAUGAAAAAGUUGGGAGUCUUUCUGCGAGAACAUUUUCCUCUUCCAACCCUCGAAGAUGUGGAGGUUAAAAGAAAAACUGUUUUACAAGGUGAACAGACACUGGAUCCAACUAUAAAUUAUGUCACCCUACAAGAAAUGUUAGAGGAACUGAUGAAUACACAACAUGAUAGGCCUCAUGACCCGUACAUGCAGCUUCAGCCGCACCACUGGCCACCCUAUGUAGAGCUUCUGCUGCGCUGUGGAUUGGUGCUAAGACAUAACCAGGAUAGCAAUCAGAUCAAGUUAGAGUCAUUCAACGUAUAGCGUGAACACCAAUACCACACCCCCUUGAAAGCAAUCAGACCAAGUUAGAGUCAUACAAACACCAAUGCCAGUUUUUCAUGUAAAGUUUACUGAUAGAAAUUUGGAGUACAUUUCUCCAGUAUAAACUUAAUAGAAUUCUAUGGAACCUCGCUCUAAAACUUAAGAAUGAAUUUAUUUAUGAUUGGUUUAUUGAAUUCAUUGCUGUAAAAAAGUAAAAGGGGGGGAAGUCAGCAAUAUUGAGCAACAUAUGCUUACAAAGGCAAAUCUUUCAGAGAAUAGGCUGCUUUAGGGCGUGAUAGUUACAACAUUAAAUCAAAGAUUACUCCAUGAAAAUUCUAUAGAUUUACCCCUUGGCCUGCAAAGCAAGUGUAAGACUAAUGUGAGAUGUGCCCUACGUGAGACAAGAUGCAUGUGCCACGAGACAGAUGGGUAUUUCAGGGAAUUAGACUAAGAAAAACUUUUAUUUCUUUUUGAUUAGAGUUAUAUGAGAUUUACAUUAUGAGUUAAGAAUAAACUUCCAAACAUCAACUCAAAA